UCUCCUCUCUCUCACACCCUCCGCCCUUCCACUACUACCUUCCCUUCUUAUAAGUUAUUGCUAUCUAUAAUCUGCCUCUCACAUCUCUAUCAUCAUCUACCCAUUUCAUGGCGCUCUCUGGGUUUGAAGGUUUUGAGAAACGCCUGGAGCUUCAUUUCUCUGGCGACAACCCCCGGCCGGUGAUUGGCAUCGGCCUCCGACAACUCGACGUCAAAGCAAUAGAAGAAGUCCUCGACGCUGUCCAAUGCAACGUUGUAUCGGCUGUCGGAAACCCAUUCUUGGACGCCUAUGUGUUAUCGGAAUCGAGCCUGUUCGUCUACCCAACCAAGAUAAUCAUCAAGACAUGUGGGACUACCCAGCUCUUAAAAUCAAUCCCUCCGCUGCUAUUUCAUGCUCGUCAGCUGGGUCUUCUCCUGUGUGGGUGCAGGUACACUAGAGGCAACUUCAUAUUCCCUAAAGCCCAGCCUUUCCCUCACACCAGCUUUAGAGAGGAAGUGGUGUACUUGGAGCAAAGGUUACCGAGCAAUCUGUGUCACAGAAAAGCUUCUAUUAUGCCUUCCAAGGCAAACACAAAGAUGUCAUCAUCAGUACACUCGUGGCAUGUCUACUCUGCCUGUGAUGAACACCGCAUGGAGUUGGAAACAUUUUCAAAUGUGUUCACUAUAGAGGUAUGCAUGACCGAGCUUGAUCGUGUGCUUGCCCGUAAAUUCUACCGACGGCCAGGAGACGGCAACUCCGGCGAUGUGGCUGGGAAGGAGAUGACGGAGUUGACGGGUAUCGGCAACAUCAACCCACGUGCACUCGUGUGUGACUUCGCGUUUGACCCAUGUGGGUACUCGAUGAAUGGCAUUGAUGGGGCCAAGUAUUCGACGAUACAUGUCACACCUGAACACGGCUUCAGCUAUGCCAGCUUCGAGUGUGUGGGAUUCAUCGACGAUCGACACAACAUCGGCGAGGUGUUGAAGGAGGUGGUCCAAGUUUUCCGGCCAGCAGCGGUGUCUGUAUCAACCACUUGUGUAGACCAAGACCAAGAGGUAUGGACAUAUGUUGCAGGUGCGCUCGAGCCUCUUGGAUUGAGUUGCCGAAGUAGCCUGAUGGACGAAUUCCCGGCUGCAGGAAACAUCUCGUUCCAAACGUUCACAACUCACCGGAAGUAACCGGAAAAGGUUUGUAUUGUUAAUAUAUCAUGCAUACAAAAUGAGAGAGUGCCGUAGCCUGUAGAAGCAGAGUAAAUGAAAAUUAUUACUAUUUUUUGAUAAUGGAUGACAUAGGGGCAUAUGGGGUUUAAGGUGAUUGCCCUUAGAAGGACAAGGGGGGAUGACGUGGAGAUUUCAAUGGGUGGGAUCAUCAUGGUAAUGCACCCCACUUAGGUGUGGCACGCCUAAGAUUUUGAAGAUGUAUA